GGUUUGUUUCUACUGUUUUCUUUCGCCAAGUAUAUGGCAAUGCUGCUUUCCAAGUUCGUGGGCACUCCUGCUGGAGAUGCACAAUAUGUCCACGCAUGAUGGAUUGGUUGUUUUCCGUUGGUUUUCAAGAGGCCAGAGCUUUGAAGGCGCGACCGCGAGGACCUGUCAUAAAUCGACAAAAGCUGAGUCAUUUAGUCGCUUUCGUGGAUAAUGUUUGCAGAGUUCAGAGGAUGCUUCCCACCCCAAGGACCCGGAGCAUGUAUCAGCUUGCAAUGGAAUGCGUACUCGACAUACCAUAAUCUUCGAUACUAUCAGAUACUAGAACGAACAUAGAAGUCGCAUCCCGGCGGGGUGUGCAAGCUUCGGAGCAUGCAACCAUCCAUGACAGGUUUGAGAUCACGGUACGACUUCGAUGGUCACGUUCUCCUUCACGUCAAGACCCUGUGGAUCGUUGCAAUAGGAUAUUCGUUUACCUCGUUCGAGCUUUAUGGGCGCGGAAGCCCGCGUACUCGGUUCUUGACGAAGAUAGAUACCCUUGGUCAACGUCAAUGGAGUUCGUCGAAACGCUCUGAUUACCUGCGACACGCCGCUAUUAUUUGGCAGAGCAGUUUCUCUCAACUGCCUGUCAAUGAUCACUCGGCCGUAGCUCACUCAUGCUCUAUUAUGGCCAACUCCACCACCAUAGGCUAUGGUGUCACUGUUUAUUUGGGUUCAUGGCGUGCUGAAUACCCUUCUAUCAGUGCAACUUGGACAAUCUUACACUGACCUGAAAGUGUCGUGAUCCUCUGAACCUUGCAAUGAUUGUCGGGAGCCUGGGAGACCCUCAGAAAUCAUCCUUCGAGGUGCGAUCAAACAGCACGGACACCCUCAAGAAGGGCUUGUCCCCGUGACAAAAGUUGAUUCGGUUGUCAAUGUUGUACGAACUAAGACAUGUUCAUUCAUCAACAUAGUUGCACCUCCUGGCGAUCACCAAAAAUGACAUAAACAUCCUUAUGUUUU